CGCAUGCCCACAUCACCUCCGUCGCGCGACUUACCCACUAUCGCGAUCGCGCGCAACUUUCUAGUUGGACACCGGCCACUUGCAGCAGACCUGCACUUGUCACUGUGCUUGACCGCGUCUGCACGCGCCCGAAAUCCAUCACCGCCCACGACGGUGUAAUGCGAGGCGUCUUCUGCAAGGAACGGCAUGAAUGGUAGCAAGUCGCCAGAUCCGGCACCUCUGGAGACUGGACUGGCUGCCAAAGGCGACAGCAUUGACGCCAACGGGAACCACAAUUCGGGCCGGACGAAUGCAACAAGUGACACGGUAUCGAAAUCAUCACCAGGAGGCUCGCACACAGGCAACGAACAGCGCGUAGGGAGCACAAAAGGCGAUGACGCGGGUGCAGAGCCCGUCGCGCCCAACGGCAACCACGAGGAUGGCGAUUCUGAGGCCGAGACAUUGAUUGAUAGUCCUGUGAAGCGGAGAGAGGCUGAGAAGCGGAUGCUCGUGAAGGCUGAACGUCGGCCAAAGGCUAAGCAUCGCAUCGGUGGUCUCCCUGUCCCGACUGACGGCGACGAGGAUGAUUCCGCCCAGCCGUCGCCAGUGCCCAGUACUGUCGCGAGCGUGGAAAAGGAAACAGCCUCGAAAGAUGUGAAGGACGAGAAGCUCAUGGAUAUAGACGCUGGCGCGGACGACCCUAGCGACUCUCUCAGCUCCCCACGAUCGUCGGCCAAUCCUCCAUCGCGCGGAUCAUCGCGAUCUCGUGCUUUCUCGGAGCUGCCCGGAGCUUCACGAAAUGGUGCGCAUUCGCCCAACCCCCGAAAGCGCAAGCAUCGAGCAUCUUCAGUAAGCUUGCCCAAUAAACGCCCAAGUAUCGAGCCGCCGAAGCGCAGACUUCGUGGUCUCCACUCCGAAGAGGCCAUCGGCAGGACGGAACUCUCCUUGUCGCCGAAGUUGCGCAGUCAUCGCCGGGCGGUGUCUACGCAAUCUGCGCUAGGAGAUGGCGCCGCGGAGGUCUCCAAUCGAAAGCGCAGAUCGGGGACUCAUGGCCCGAUCAAGGAAGUGAAAGCGGCGCGGCCGGCGUGGGAAGAGUCGGAUGCAUCCUCAGAAACGACUUCUCAUGGAUACGCGGAGAAUCGGCGACCUCAGAGAGGCGUGGGACGGUCGACAUCGACUCCCGGUAGACCAGCCGGGCGAGAACACAAGCGACACGUCAACAAGUAUGGCUUCACGCGACUCGCGGAGGCAUGCGAGGCCGGUGAACUGGACCAAGUGAAAGAAUGGCGAAAUCGAGAUCCCGACCAGUUGGAGCUUGCCGAAUUUGCUGGAAAUAAGCCCCUUCAGAUUGCGGCACUCAACGGGAAUGUGGAAGUAGUGGAUUAUCUGAUUGAUCAAGGAUGCCAAAUUGAUUGCGCCAACGUGGACAAGGAUACUCCUCUGAUCGAUGCCGCAGAGAACGGUCACCUGGACGUUGUGCAUAGUUUGCUCCGGGCUGGCGUUGAUCCUCUCAGGCAAAAUCUCAAGGGACAGCAGGCACUCGACGUCGUCACUGAUGAUACUGACGAUGCCGAGGAAAUACGUGCAGCCCUUAGAAGGGCGAUAGAGGCCUGGAACACUAGCGGCUCACGUCAACGACGUGAAGAGGAAGAGGAGAUGCGGCACCGAGCUGGGCCUACAAAGGAGCUGCACUUCAUGGCCCGCAGCUACGAGAAUCUCCUGAAACUCGUGCAGAUUAAUGAUCGCAAUGGUGUCAAGGAAUUCUUGGACGCUCGUGUGCCCGUCGACAAUCAUGUAAUUGCUGCCGCUGCCAAAACUGGGGACUCAUACCUGGUGAACAUGUUACUCGCGGAAAUGACAGAGAAGAAGGCUUUACAGCGACCGGAACGACCGAUGCUAAGUGUUCUCGGAACAUCCCAUUUGGAGAUGGUGAAGUCGCUCGCUGAGUUGGACAACUUCAAUCCGUUAUACCGUAACCGUUCAGGUCAGACCUGGCCUGAGAUUGCUGAAGAACGACACGGGCCCAACUGGCGUGAGGAGAAGGAAUUGUUGCAGCAUUUGUACGAUCAGCGGGCUGGGUCGAAAGAACGCCGUAGUUCCAGCCCGGUCACCAAAAGAGAUGGAGGCAAGCGUCGUAUUGUGCGGCGGAGCCCUCUCAAUGACGAAGAGGAAGAGGACAGCGACGACGAACAGGCGCCACGACGAAAAAAUGGAAGGAGGCUCAUGUCGAAGCGUGAUAUGCGCGUGGCCAGCGGCAGAGCUCCCUCUGACGAAUCGUCCGAGGACUCUGGUUCCGAUGUCGCCACGGGAGAAGAGAAUAGCGAAGAAGCGACGAUGAAGCCACCGGAGAGCCCUGCUAGUCGGACGACAGGACAAGUCAGACGCAAGAGCAUCUCAACGCAACCUGCAGCCUCAUCUCCGCGCCUUCGCAGACGUUCAUCAUCUGCUCGUGGGCCCGCUGAGCCGUCUUUGCCCACCUUACCCGAAAAGUCAGAGGACAAGGAAGCUGAUGCACCGAUGGAGAAUGCUUCUCUCGAGGCCCAGCUACUUGAGACCCAACGUGAACAGGAACGUGCUGCGCAAGCAGAAGUGGAAGCGGCGGCCGCGGCGGAGGCGGAAGUGGCGGCUCGACAGGCUGCAGAGAAAGAGAGACAACUCGAAGAGGAGCGACGUGCAGAGCAGGCACGUCAGGAACAAGCCGCACGGGAGGCAGAAGAACGACGCAUCGCAGAGGAGGAGCAAGCACGUCUCCAAGAAGCCAUGAUCGCUGCGAAGAUCCGCCAUCAUGAGCGCGUUGCGCUCUCCUUACCGAUUGCCAUCUCCCACGUGCUGCAUCCGUCGUCGACCUUUGACUACGGAAGCGACACUGCUCUGGAUUACCUAGUUCAGUACUUCACACCACUCCAAGUACUCAAGCACGAGCACCAAGAUCCUUAUGCAACGCUCCCGGCCGGCGAUGAUGCUCCAUACUGGGUGACGAACGUGCAAGCUGCACCGCUAGUGGGCAGACAUGGGCUGGAGCUGAUGCUUGCCAAUGGCGCUCCCGGGUUUGAUGGCAGCUUGGCAGAGCUGUGGGACACCAAGGACGUUCUCGUCAGCGACUACGAUCGGGUUGGCGCCGUGCUAGCAAGCUUGCCACAACAUCUUCCCGAUCAGAUGGCCAUGAACAACGAAUUGCACGAUCGAUUAUCGUUUGAAGAAGAUAUGCAGAGGGCAGCAGACAGGGUCAAAGCCGUGGCGCAGAUGAAAGGGCGACUUCGCGACGGAGAGGCUGUGCUGCGCUACGUGCGCCUGGACGAAGUAUGGAAGAAUCUGCACCCCAGCGUCAAGGGCGUGCCAAUUGAGGUACGGUUUGAUUUCAUGCCGGUGGCGCAGCGCAGCGUGGCUCGCAAGGGGAACGGCAACUUCGUGACAAAGCUCAGUGCAUCGAUGGACUCCAGGCCGCAGCCACGUACAUUUGUCGAUGGCCAGGUCAUAGAGCGAAGACCACGAGUCCCGAACGGCAAGACCGAAGUGUCGGUUCUCGCUGGAUUGUAGCAGAAGCAGAACAGUCACUGAUAGCUGGUAUAUAACGCAUGAUGAGAACGAACACUGAACGCAUGGAAAAG